AUGGCUCUGCCAACGGACUAUAAAAAGGUGAGAUCUGCUGAACCGGGAACCCGGAUCUACUUCACGUGUGUGUGCAAGGCCGUCACGGGAUGCACGGCGCGCAAAGUGGAGGACCGCAUGCCCGGCCCGCCUCGCGGCAAGCACACCGCACCUCCCGCCGCCGCUGCUGCUGUGGUUGAUGCCGCUGAUGUUGCUGGUUAUGUGGCCGCUUUUGCUUUGGAGGAUGAAAAAGGCCCCACUCGCCCCAAGCGCGUGGAUAUGCACAAGGAGGAAGCUUUUCAUUCGUCUGCCCGCGUGGGAACGGGAGAUUUCCCUUCAUCUGCCCGCAUGGAGAUGCGCACGGUGGUGCGGCUGACGACCUCCGGAUUCCACAACCACCCUUCCUCUUUGUGUCUCAAGCGACGCCGCCGCAGAGACGCCGCGGAAGGAAGCACCGCAGCUGCUGCUUCAAAAGAGGAGAAGAGCAACAAAGAGCCCCUCUCUGCCGCCCUCCAGAAGCCUCACUCCGACCCAGCGAAAAGACCAUGGGUGCAACGGGUAAAGCACUCGCUGGCUUCAUCCCGUCUUAUGGCUCUCUGA